UAAAUUAAACUUUAAAUGUCACUCUAUUAUUACUUGCAGUCACUUUUAUAAGUGAUCAGUCUUGUGAUUUUUUUUUACCUUGUGGAUGAUUACAUAACACCCUAGCAACCAGACUGAACCCCCCAGCAACUAUGUUUGUCUUUAUCCUUUACGUCUCUCCUGUGAAAAUAUCUGUGCUAAACAUGCAGGCUUGUAUCUAUAUGUGUGUGUUUCAAUCCUCAUAAAUCACUCAUAAAUCACAGCUCAUCAUUAGCAAGCGUUCCCAUGCAUACUUCAAAGAGCAUAAACUGGGAGAGGUGUGUGUCCUGCAUCACCCGCUGUAUAAUGGGUCGCUGUGGAAACACUGCACUGUGUUGUAGCCAGCUGGCAAGAGUGCAAAUUUCUUCUGUAUGUGAGUAAAUGUCUGGCAUGGAUACAGGGACGAGGCCAGGAUGUAACACACACACACACACACACACACUGCCCUUAGGGCUGACAGUAUCUGUCCUUAAGAAACAUAUCUGGCUUUGUGUGGUUAGUGUGUGUGUGUGUGUGUGUGUGUGUGUCAGGCAGGAAUGGGGUGAGAAGAUUAUUCACACUAUGUCAGAGUCGUCCUGUCAGUGCUUCAAGCCCAGAUCAGAUAUCUGUCCUGUUCAAGAGAGCUCCCUCUGGGUCAUUCACACAGACCCACAUGAAAGACAGCAAGAUGUCUUAUAGUGAGCCCAUGAUGGUGGAGCAUUGAGGAUACAAAAUCAGAAAGGGAAGUCAGAAGUAUUUCAGAGAAAGAGUUUGAGCUGUAGACCAGACCAGAGUGAUGUUGGCCCCUGAACAGGAGCUUUUGAGCUCUUCCAAACCCAUCAAAUACGGAGAGCUCAUCAUCCUCGGCUACAACGGCUCCCUACCGAAAGGAGACCGGGGAAGAAGAAGGAGUCGUUUUGCUCUGUUUAAGAGACCCAAAGCCAAUGGAGUCAAACCCAGCACCGUCCACAGCGCAUGCAGUCUACAGACCGCCAAGGCCAUCAGCAACAAAAAUCAGCACAGUGUGUCGUAUACGCUGUCCAGAGCGCAGACGGUAGUCGUGGAGUACACACACGACAGCACCACCGACAUGUUUCAGAUCGGCCGGUCCACUGAAAGCCCCAUUGAUUUCGUGGUGUUGGACACAGUGCCUGGUUGUCACAACAAAAGUGGCACGAUGUCGUCUCAGAGCACUAUAUCGCGAUUUGCGUGUCGGAUUGUGUGUCAGAGAGCGCCACCCUACACCGCGCACAUCUACGCCGCUGGCUUCGACUCGUCCAAAAGCAUCUUUCUGGGGGAGCAAGCGGCAAAAUGGUGGUGCUCUGACAGCCAGAUGGACGGCCUGACCACCAACGGUGUAUUAGUGAUGCGACCGCAGCACGGCUUCACCUGCGAGUCCAAAGCAGGCUCCUGGAGAGAGAUCUCAGUCUGCGGCAAUGUCUUCAAACUCCGAGAGUCUCGGUCCACUCAGAAACAUGGAAAACCGCUGGUGAAUGAGUGUCACGAGCUGGUGGAUGGCACUUUAAUCGACCUGUGCGGCGCGACUCUUCUGUGGCGUUCGGCGGAGGGUCUGUCACACACGCCGACCCCCAAACACCUGGAGGUGCUGUGGAGAGAGCUGAAUGCAGCGCGGCCCCAGUGUCCCGUGGACCUGCACACCCUGGCCUUCCCCAGCCUGGAGCGCUCCUCCAACCCUGACCACCAGCUCUGGGCCUACCUGAGCUGCGGCCACGUGCACGGACAGCACGGCUGGAGGGGCUCCACCGAGGAGGACGAGUCCCAGAGCGGAGAGGAGCCGGGGCUGGAGCAGGGCGAGCGUGAGGGUGAGUGUCCGCUGUGCCGGACCCGGGGCCUGUACGUGCCGCUGAAGCUGGGCCUUGAGUCGGGCUUCUACCUGGACACCGCGCCCCCCACGCACGCCUUCAGCCCCUGUGGACAUGUGUGCUCGGAGCGCACCACUCACUUCUGGAGCAGACAGCUGCUACCACAAGGCACUCAACGCCUCUGUCCCGCCUGCCCCUUCUGCAUGCAGCCGCUCGCCCGCCACAGGAAGAGCGUCAGGCUCAUCUUUCAGGGACCGCUGGACUGAGUGUGUGUGGCUGCGUCAUUAAUCACCAACUACACCCUUAAUGGGUUACUCCACCCAAAAAUGAGAUUUAUCCCAUGCUUCACUCACCCUCAUGGCAUCCCAGGUGUAAAUGACUUUCUUCUUUCAGACCAAGCCAAUCAGAGUCAUAUGUGGAGCACAAAACCAGUCUUAAGUAGAACGGGGAAUAUCGGUCAAAAUGAGAAAUUCAAGAUCAUUUUCCAUGGAGAUAUUUAGACAAUUCCCUACCAUAAAUAUAUCAAAACUUCACUGUAGAUUAGUAAUAUGCAUUGCAAUGAACUUAAUUAGCUCAACUUUAAAGGCAAAGUUCUUAACAUUUUUUUUUUUUGCACUCUCAGGUUUCAGAUUUACAGUUAGCUGUAUCUCGUCCAAAUAUUGUCCGAUUCAAACAAACCAUACAUCAAUAGAAAGCUUAUUUAUUCAGCUGAUGAUGGAAAAAAUCUCAAUUUCAAAAAAUGGACCUGAUUCACUCACUGGUUUUCAUUCACUCCUUCAGGUGAUAGUGGAUGGGGGUAUAGGGGGUGAUUUGGGACUCAGCAUGUGUGUAUUUAAGACUCUGUUCCUCUCCCAACACACACACUCAGCUCUGAUUUCCCACAAGGCAUCUGUUCUCUGUCUGACUGGAUGCUGUUCACUGUACGUUCAGUAGUUUACUGUAUAAAAGCCACUGCGCUUGUGCCAUAAAACCAAUGUUAUGUGAGGAAUCUGUAUGAAUACACUUCAGUGGGUGUGUGAACCUGUUUUCUGAAUUCAGUUACUUUCAUUUGUGCUCGUUUCAAACUGCCGUUGAUUAUCAACUCCAAAAAACCAAUGAUUUUCAUCAACAAUGAGUCUGAAAUGAGGUUAUUAUAUUAUUUUAUAUUAUAUUAUGUAUAUAGUAUUAAAGCGGUAUUGUUGUUGUAUUUUCUCAGAAAUGUUUUUGUAUAAUUAAAGAAUAAAGUUUAU